AUGUCAUUUCAACAAGUUAAUUAUGACCCACAGUUCAAACCUGUUAAAAGCAUAUAUGAAAAUAGAUUAAGACAGUUUAUUAAUAAUGGUGGUGAUUACAAAGAUUUAAAUUUGCCAAAAUUUUAUGACCAUCAAAGAAUCAGGCUAGAUCAAGAUAGGGUUAAGGUUCAAUGGUAUCAAGUACCAUUUGAAGAAGGAACUUCCCCUGUUUCCCCUGACAAACGUCCUCCUUGGAAAGAUAUUAUUGAAAGUGACUCUAAGGGUGUUUUAGAAUUUAGAGAUGCAUCAAUUGGUCAACCUUUUGGUCCUAGUUGGUCAACUACCUGGUUUAAAGUGGAACUUAACUUGCCUUCAGAAUGGGUUGAAACUGGUGAGCAAUUAGUCUUUGAUUGGGAUUGUUCAAAUGAAGGUGUUGUCAUUGAUCCAGAGACUUUAAUUCCUGCAACUGCUUUCUCAGGAGCAGAAAGAACUGAAUACCUAUUACCAAAGAAUGAUACUGGUAAAUAUUUCUUUUACAUUGAAACUGGUAAUAAUGGUAUGUUUGGUUGUGGUGACGGUUCAGAUAUUAGUCCCCCUGAUAACCAUAGGUUUUUCAAUUUGGUAAAAGCAGACAUCGUCUGGCCUGAUUGGGAAGCUCGUGCUUUAUUUAUUGAUUUCUGGAUGAUUACUGAUGCCGCCAGAGAAUUACCUGAUGAUUCAUGGCAAAAACAUAGAGCCAGACAAGUAUCAAACAUGGUAAUGGAUUUGUUUGAUCCUGAGCGUCGUUCAAGCGUAGCAGAAUGUCGUGAACUAUUGAAGAAAGAAUAUUUCGACGAAUUUAUUGACAGUGCUGAGGUAUACAAUAAAGGUGAAAAGGAUAUUUUAACCAAUGUCUAUGGUAUGGGUAAUUGUCAUAUUGAUACUGCUUGGUUGUGGCCUUUUGCUGAAACAAGAAGAAAAAUUGUAAGAUCGUGGGCCUCACAAUGUACCUUGAUGAAUGAAUAUCCUGAAUAUCAAUUUGUUGCUUCUCAAGCUCAACAAUUUAAAUGGUUAUUAGAAGAUCACCCUGAAUUUUUCAGUAAAUGUUUGAUUCCAAAAUUUCAACAUAAUCAAUUUAUUCCAAUUGGUGGUUCUUGGGUCGAAAACGACACAAAUCUGCCAGGUAGUGAAGCAUUAGCUAGACAAUUCUUUUAUGGCCAAAGAUUUUUCUUGAAAUAUUUUGGCAGCAAGUCCUCUAUUUACUGGUUACCUGAUACUUUUGGUUAUUCAUCUCAAGUUCCUCAACUGUGUCAGUUGUCAGGGAUGGAUAGAUUUUUGACCCAAAAAUUAUCUUGGAACAAUAUUAAUAAUUUCCCUCAUUCUACUUUUAUUUGGGCUGGUAUUGAUGGUUCCCAAUUAUUAACUCAUAUGCCACCAGGCAACACCUAUACUGCAGACUCCCACUUUGGUGAUGUUUUACGCUCAGCCAAGCAGAAUAAGACAGCUGAAUUUUAUGGUUCAGGAUUAAUGUUGUAUGGUAAAGGUGAUGGUGGUGGUGGUCCAACCCGUCAAAUGUUAGAAAAAAUGAGACGUAUUAGAUCUAUGAAUAACCGUAACGGUAAUGUUAUCCCUAAGUUAGAAGUGGGUACAUCAAUUGAUGAGUUUUACGAUGACAUCUUUGAGAAAACUAAUCAAGGUAACGACUUGCCAACUUGGACAGGUGAAUUGUACUUUGAAUUCCAUAGAGGUACUUACACCAGUCAAGCAAAUACUAAACGUUUGAUAAGAUUUUCAGAAAUCAAGAUACACGAUUUAGAAUGGAUUGCAACAAAGGUAUCUGUUUUGUAUCCAGAUGUCUAUAAAUAUCCAUCGAAGGAAAUCAAUGAUUUAUAUGAAAAUAUCUGUUUAUGUCAUUUCCAUGAUGUUUUACCAGGUUCCUGUAUUGAAAUGGUUUACAAAUAUGAAGCAAUCCCUAUGUUACAGGUGGUUAUUGAAAAAUGUGAUGCCUUGAUAACUAAAGCUUUGGAAGUCUUAAGGAAGGAGGAUACAUCCAAGUUGGCUAAGAUUAAGACCUUAGCUUGGGAUGAUGAUUAUACCUUAAUCUCAACAGUCGAUAAUUCUAAAUACCAGACCUAUAUUUCAGAGGAUUCCAAAACUAUUAUUAUGGAAAAUGGUAAACUGAAGGUCGCAAUUAGCAAGAAAGAAGGUGUGAUUAAGAGUAUUGUUGAUUUGGAUACAAACACAGAAUAUUUAGAUAUCAAUAACGGGAGAAAUAGAUUAGGUGCAAAUCAAUUUGUAAUCUUCGAUGAUAAGCCAUUGUCCUGGCCAGCCUGGGAUACAGAGUUAUACUCAGUUAAUCAAUACACUUACUUGACUGAAAUUGAAUCAAUAUCAAUUACAUCCAAAUCAAAGAGCAGGUGUUCUGUUGAAAUCGUUGUUCCUGUUAUCUCUGGAUGUAAGUUGAAGACUGUCAUCUCUUUGAAUUCUACAACUGAUUCCACCAAAGAUGAAAGUUUCAUCGACAUUCAUACUGAAGUAGAUAACUGGAAUGCUGCAAAUAAAUUUUUGAAAGUAGAAUUCCCAGUCAAUGUACGCAGCGAUUUCGCCUCAUAUGAGACUCAAUUUGGUGUGACUAGAAGACCUACUCAUUAUAACACAUCAUGGGACGUUGCCAAGUUUGAAGUUUGUAGUCACAAGUUUGCUGAUUAUUCAGAAUAUCAUAAAGGUGUUUCCAUUUUGAAUGAUUGUAAGUUCGGGUUUUCUACACAUGGUAACUUAAUGAGGUUAUCGUUAUUACGUUCUCCAAAGGCGCCAGACGCUAACGCAGACAUGGGCUCCCAUGUUAUUAAUUAUGCUAUCUAUCCACACAGAGGUGGUCUUGGCAGUAAGACUGUUAAAUUAGCUCAUGAAUUCAAUUAUAAUCAUAGAUAUGAAAUACCAUCUAAUUUGGAAAAAUCACUUGAUUCUGUUAUUCAAAUAUCUGGUGAUGAUAAUAUUAUACUUUCUAACAUCAAGAGAGGUGAAGAUGAUGCUGACAUCCAAUCCAACUAUGCUAUUAAACCAGAAAAUGUCAAGAGUAUUGUUGUCAGAUUAUAUGAAUCUUUGGGUGGUGAAUCCAAUUGUGUGUUGACUACUUCAUUACCAGUAACAAAAGUCAUGAAAGUUAAUAACUUGGAAACAGAUGGAGAAGAAGUCUCUUUCAACAAAACUUCAUCUGGUAUUGAAAUAUCUGCUAAUUUGAGAGCAUUUGAAAUUGCGUCUUAUAAGAUAUACUUCUGA